CCUGAAGUAGAGCAUCUCGUUGUUCCCUUCACCGGUUUCCUUCGAGUGUUAGCUAGUCUGAAGUUGUGAAGAAAGUCAGCCUAUCAAGGUAGCGCAGUGCACCGAAGUUUUCCCUGGCUCUAUCGACUUUUCAAUACUUCAACUGCCACCUGGGAUUGCUUUCUCCCUCUUCCUUUCUCUACUCCAUCACGCAUUUCCAUCGUUUCCCUCUUCGCUCUUUGCCUCACCACAAGGUUCAAGUCGCUCGUCAAGGCUUCUCCCUUGCCAUCACUGACUCGUCUCGCUUCGAGUAUCACGGACAUAGACGUUGCUGUCAAAGAUGGCGGCCAUUUCCUUUCUGGCUUUUCUUCUGUGUGGUCCCUUGGCCCAGGCUUUGCCGGCCACCAUCGGCCAUGGCACCCACGGUGCCAACAUCGCUUCUCACUCCCUCAAGGUCGACGUGAAGACAAACCCCAAGUUCAUGCCUAAUGGCGUGGCUGCGUAUGCCCAUGCGCUCAAGAAAUGGAGCUCCAAGGGCCCUGGUGAGCUGGCUCAGAGCCUUGCGGCCAUGGGUGGAAUUGGCGAUGCCGGGGCCACUAGCGCCAGAGGCGAUCGCGAGUUCCUUAGCCUUGUCGGCUUUGGCACGCCGGCCCAGUACCUGGAUGUCUAUGUGGACACCGGCUCUGCGGAUGUUUGGGUCUACUCGUCCCUGACAAAGCCCGAGCAAGUUGGUAAUCAUUCUACUUGGGUGAUUCAACAGUCCACGACGGCGACUCCGGUUGAGAAUGGCACUUGGACAGUCCAGUACUCCGACGGCAGCGCCGCCUACGGUCAGGUCUUCACCGACUCUAUCACCCUGGGCGACUUGACCAUCGACAAGGCAACUAUUGAAGCCGCUGUUUCCGUCUCGGACGAGUUCAUCUUGGAUGACGCCAUCGACGGGCUCUUCGGCCUUGCCUACAACCUCCCCAACCGGGCGUCACCCGAGCAACCCACGGUGAUGUCGGCGAUGUUGCCCCAGCUGUCCAAGCCUCUCUUCACCGCCGACCUACGCCACAACUCCUCCAAUGGCGCCUACACCUUCGGCUACAUCGACGGCAGCCGAUUCCUCUCCGACGCCGGCGAGCACGUGUUCUUCACCCCGCUGACGGCCAACUCCCAGUUCUGGCAGUUCGACUUCACCGGCCUGUACGUCGGCGGCACCAGCUCGGUGUUCAACAGCAGCUGGAGCGCCAUCGCCGACACGGGCACGUCGCUGAUGCUGCUCCACAGCGACCUGGCCAAGCUGUACUACGACGCCGUGCCCGGCGCCCAGUACAACGUCACCACGAGCAGCGGCGGCGGCGGCCUCUGGACCUACCCGUGCCAGACGCUGCCGGCGCUGCCCGACUUCGAGAUCAGCUUCGCCAGCGGCUUUGCCGCCACCGUGCCGGGUCGGUACCUGAACUACUCGGUGUUCCCGUUCGCCGAGGGGAUGUGCGUGGGCGGCCUGCAGGUGAUGCCCGACGAGGACGAGCAGAUCCUCGGUGCCGUCUUCUUGAAGUCGGUCUAUGCCGUGUUUGAUGCCGGUCAGGCACAGAUUGGGUUUGCUAAGAAGGCGCUGGACUGAGUUGAGAGACUUGGAGAGAGAGGGUUUGCGUCUUGGAGUGGAGGAUUUGUGAUGAGUACCAGGUGGGUGAGCGUCCAUUAUCCCAUAUGGAUUUGAUAUCUGCUCUUAUGCUUCGUGGAGGCCAUAUUCGGCUAUAAAGAGGUGGUUACAUUAGCACACUUUCUUAAUGGAAUCGGAGCUGAGUGGACACGAUCAGAUCCUGCUGCUCGUUGUUAUGUGCUCGUUGCUGUGUCGUUUUAAGGGAGUCGAUUUCACGUGUCGUUGUGCCGGCUAAUCGAAGCGGACAUAAUCUAGCAUAUGUGAUGAUGGUGCUCUGAAGUGCAGCAGCUUAGGUUGGAUAGGUAGUA